AUGGAUAACUCUAAACCUAAACAAAAAACUUUAACCUCAUUUUUUAGUGCGUCGGUGAAACGUGAACUAAACACGUUAGGCCUACCUAAAGGAACCAAGCAAGAUAAAUCCAAUGUUGUUUCGGUUGAUGAAUUAGCGAUUGGAAACUCUUUAAAUAAAAACGAACAAAUAAGUGAACCCAGCACAUCAACGAAUAAGGAAAAAGAAACAAAAUGGCCUGACGUUUGGACAGAAGAGAUGUGGACUCGUAAGAAGGAAACUUAUCCUUGGAUAGAUUGCAAAGAAGGUAAAUUAGGCUGCAAAGUUUGUUUUGAAGUCACAACUAUGGGUGCUUUUAAGAAAGAACACGUUUCUUUAAGUCAUGAGUGGCGCACAUUUCAAGUUAGCUGUUACGGCUCAAACCGAACUAACCAGCUCAAAUCACUUAGAAAAAAAAUUAUAGAGCACAAACAGUCCAAAGCACAUAGUACUGCUCAGGCCAUUGUUGAAUCCUCUCAUAAAAAUCCUAUUACGCAAUUAGUUGAUUCUGCAAAUACAGCUCACAUGGAAUCAACUAAAGCUAUUUUUAGGUCAGCUUACUACAUAGCUAAGAACGACCGACCAUAUAACGAUCAUUUCGGUUUAUUAGAACUUCAAAAACUAAAUGGAGUAGAUAUCGGUGUAGGCCUUCAUUCAAGAUACAGUGCUGUAGAAAUUAUUGAUCAUAUAUCAAAAGAGAUGAAGUUAAGAAUAUUGAAUAAGGUUAAGGAAGUUUCUGGGAAAAUUUCUAUCAUUAUUGAUGAAUCCACCAGCAUAAGUUCAAAGUCAGUACUCAUAAUUUAUUUGAAGUGUGAAAUAAGUAAAGAAAAGUCCCCUAACAUUUUGUUCUUAGAUCUAGUUGAACUUCCUGAUCAAAGGGCCGAAUCUGUUUUUAACAGUACACUUAAGUGCCUUGAACAAUAUGGGUUUGACAAUGGUUAUUUAAAACAGAACUUAGUUUCUUUCACAAGUGACGGGGCUAGUGUUAUGUUAGGGAAACACUCAGGAGUGGCAAAGAGGUUUUCAACUUUGUACCCUGAUAUAAUCGUUUGGCACUGUUUAAAUCACAGAUUGGAAUUGGCUAUUGGGGACGCAGUCAGCGAAGUGGCCGGAGUGAAUCAUUUCCAGAUAUUUAUGGACAAACUGUACUCGCUGUACAGCGCCUCUCCAAAAAACAAGCGUGAGUUAAAAGACUGUGCACAAGAACUUGACAUUCAGAUGAACAAAAUCGGAAGAGUGUUGAGCACAAGAUGGGUAGCCAGUAGCUUUCGUACCGUUUCGGCUGUGUGGUUUGGCUUUCAAGCUGUGGCAAACCAUUUCUCUAAAGCCAUAAACGAUCCUGACAGAACAUCGACUGAAAAAAGCAAAUAUAGUGGUUUAUUAAAUAGGCUAACAUCUCAGAGUUUUCUACUAAACUUGGCCUUUAUGUUUGACAUUCUUGCUGAAUUGGCUUUGUUAUCAGAGAGCUUAGAGAAUAGAAACACUUCUAUUGUGUAUGCAGACAAACUGAUAAACAGAUCCGUAAGAUAUUUAGAGCACUUAAAGGAGAAGCCAGGCACGAAAGUUCUGGAAGCACAAAUCGCCAUAAAAGAAGGAAAUUUUGCAUCAGUUGUGUUAAAAACUAAUCCAAAAAUUGUAUCGUUCAAUGGACAGCAACUUAUUUCUAGUGUUAUAAAUAACCUAAAGCAAAGAAUGUUUGUCACCACAUUUGAUGGGGAAGCCCAAUAUGAAGAUCUUAUAAACUCUUUUAAAGUAUUAGAACCUGAGUAUUGGCCAACCUGCAUUCCACCAAGUUUUGGUCAAACUCAAGUAGAGCAACUGUGCAAGAGAUUUAAAUUGAACGUCAACAAAGCUGUCUCUGCCUACAGAGACUAUUUGGACAACAGCCGACAAGUGCCUGAUGGAUUGCAAGAACUGUUAAACUGCACUAAAAUAAUACCUUGCAGCUCAGCUGAUUGUGAACGGGGUUUCAGUUGUAUGAACAAUAUGGUUACACCAUCAAGAAACGCUUUGACUGUUGCUCAUGUAUCAUCAUUGAUGUUCAUAAAAAUCCAAGGUCCACCUCUCCAAGAAUGGCAGCCUGAGACGUACGUCACUAAAUGGCUGAGGAGCCACCGGUCUGCAGACGAUUCCAGGACAAGAGUUGCAGAAAACCCAAAAAGAACGCAAAGAAGGAUGCAUUUUGGCACUUACUUUGAGUAUGUAUGUUAUAAUUAA